AUUCCAUUUUCUCGUCGACGGUAUAUCUACUGAUCAGCUGAUCUGUCAAAACAACCUAGAUGGAUUUAAUGGCAUAUGUGCCCCACUUUUCGGAAGCGCCAAACGUGGAGCAUGUUCCAGUUAUUCAACAUGUCUGCGAGCAACCGCAAGAACAGGAUCAAAUAAGGAAUAUUAUAAAAGGAGACCGGAUUUGGGAUAAACUGAAUCGUUGGUGUUUAAAACAACGAAUUUUAUCUAGAAGACACCCACUGACCCGUUGGUGCCUUAAAAGCACAACCGCAGUGAAUUAUGAAAUUUCAAGGCAUCUGGAAUCACAUCGUUACAUGAUACAUCCUUUCAGCUCGUUCAGGAUCGUUUGGGAAUCGUUAAUGAUUGCAUUUACAUUUGUGGCUCUUUUGGUUGCUCCAGUAUUAAUCACAUUUUUCUUUGACAAACACGGUAACUGGCAUAUGAUUAAUGACAUGAUGAAUGUGGUGUUCUUCUGCGAUAUCGUUAUAUGGUUCUUUACUGGUUACUACGACUAUCGGACAAAAGUCACUGUUCUUGAUCCGAUGAUAGUAGCACGGAAAUACUUACAAAGUUACUUCUUCAUAGACAUAUUGACCGUGUUACCCAUAGGAAUCAUCGAUUAUAUUAUACCUAGCUCGAUGUGGUACUGUGCUACAUUGAACAUGAUGAAAAUAUUGAGAGUCCGCAAUAUUUUUGUUUACUUCAGUAGACUCCGUGAUGUGUAUAGAAUAAAUUUUCAAUUGCAUAAAAUUCUAGAGACGUGCACGGUCGUGAUAAUGUGCAUUCACUGGGCAGCUUGUUUGCAGUAUUACGUCCCCAUGUCUGUAAAUACAUUAGGCACUUUGAGCAACGACUCUUGGGUCAAGUCAUCGUACUUUCUAAAUAAACGAACGAAAGCAGAAAUGUAUCUCGUGUGCCUACAUCGUACGAUCAUCACCUUUGUACGUUCUGCUCACUAUUUAAAUGUGAAAACGCACGAAGACAUCGUGCUAAACCUGAUCCUAACGAUCAUUGGAUUCCUUGGUAACGUAUAUAUAUUAACGCAGUUCUCUCAACUAAUGACGACGUUUUACAUAACAAUCAAGCGCCACCUGAAGAUAAUACAACAGUUACAGGAGUACAUGCGAUACAAAGAGCUUCCAUAUAAUCUACAGCGUCGUCUAUUAACAUACUAUCAUUAUCGCAACAGAAAGAGCUUCGAAAGAAACAAAAAAAUCAUAGACGAAGUCUCGCCGUAUUUACGAGAGGAACUCAUUUUGCAUAAUUACUUGAAACUGAUCAAUAGCGUAGAAUUAUUCAAGCAUUUACCGGACACCGUGAUCGUGCAAUUAACAAAUUCAUUACACUCCAAGAUUUACAUGACUGGCGAUGAGAUCGUUAAAGCUGGUACUCGCGGUGAAGCUUUGUAUUUUAUCUCUUCUGGUACCGUAGCAGUUUACAAUAUAAUGGGAAAAGAAGUCUGCCACUUGCAAGACGGAAGUUAUUUCGGAGAGAUCGCCUUGGUGAUGGACACCGAACACAAAAUAGCAACUGUAGUGGCAGUGGAAACUAGCGAGAUCUGUGUAUUAUAUCGCCACGACUUUCAGAGGUUCAUAUCGCCGUAUCCUGAUCUCUUGAAUCGUUUGCAAAAUGUUGCUCUCGAACAUCUGAACAAAAGUCUCUUCUUGGACUUGGCACAAGAUUUAGGAACUCCUAUUACGUCGCAGUACAUUAACAUAAGUAACAUAAAAAGCAAAAAAAUGUAG